AUUGGCUAAAGCGGUAAAUUGUCACGUCAAGCCUGUGCUUUCUUCCGGGUUUGCUGAGCUGGCUGCUGGAGUUGCAGGGGAGACCUGAGUAUGAGGCGGGUCACCCUGUUUUUGAGGGGAAGCCCGUUGCACGGCAAGGUGGUUCCAGUCUCUGGGUCGCUUUCAGACCUGCUCUCCCUGGCCAGCAUCAAGUUUGGAAUCCAAGCAACACAAGUGUUCAAUGAAAAUGGAGGACAGAUCGAUGACAUCUUUCUCAUCCGAGAUGAUGACGUCCUAUAUGUGGCUGAGGAGGAAUCCAACGUAGACCCCAUGACCAGUUUUGAGAUCCCUGAGCAUCUAACAGGAGGUCACACAGACUGGCUAACCCUGAAUGUGGGAGGUCGAUAUUUUACCACUACAAGAAGCACGCUCGUCAGUAAGGAGCCAGAAAGCAUGCUGUCCCACAUGUUCAGCGACAGAGAUGCCUGGGGAAAUAAAAGGGACCAUACCGGUGCUUUCCUGAUUGACCGCAGCCCAGAAUAUUUUGAGCCGAUCUUAAACUACCUGCGUCACGGGCAGCUGAUUGUCAACGAUGGAGUGAACCUGCUGGGAGUACUGGAGGAGGCCAAGUUCUUCGGCAUUGAUUCUUUGAUAGAACACUUAGAACUGGCCAUAAAGAAUUCCCAACCUGCAGAUGAUCAUUCUCCCAUCUCACGCAAGGAGUUUAUCCGAUUCCUCCUGGCCACACCCACCAAAUCAGAAUUGCGUUGCCAGGGUCUCAAUUUCAGUGGUGCCGACCUCUCUCGCUUGGACCUAAGAUAUAUAAACUUUAAGAUGGCCAACCUAAGUCGAUGCAAUCUGGCCCAUGCAAAUCUAUGUGGAGCCUGCUUGGAGCGGGCUGACCUCUCUGGAUCUGUACUGGAUGGGGCCAAUCUCCAGGGUGUGAAGAUGCUCUGCUCUAAUGCAGAAGGAGCGUCUCUGAUAGGAUGUAACUUUGAGGACCCAUCUGGCCUAAAAGCAAAUUUAGAAGGUGCUAAUCUAAAGGGCGUUGACAUGGAGGGCAGCCAGAUGACUGGGAUUAACCUACGUGUAGCAACUCUCAAAAAUGCCAAACUGAAAAACUGCAACCUACGGGGAGCUACCCUGGCAGGAACAGACCUAGAGAACUGUGACCUCUCCGGGUGUGACCUGCAGGAAGCCAACCUCCGAGGCUCCAAUGUCAAAGGGGCCAUCUUUGAAGAGAUGCUGACUCCUUUGCACAUGUCUCAGAGUGUCCGAUAGUCAGACACGGAGACUGCUCCGUCUACAGCACUACAGAGUCUGCCUCUUGCAUUGCAGGCGUGAUGGAGUCUGCCUGCUUCUCCCAGAGUGCAGCACAUAGACUGAAAGCUAUUAUCUUAUAUUAUUCUGUUGCUGAUUUUCUGCACAACCAGAAGAAGCGCCCCACUCUUGCAUCACUGUGCACGCCAUUGCUUUAAACGCUUCUGUCUCAUGCAAUCAGCUGCAAUUUGAAUCCACGUGUUUACUAGCCUACUGCAAGCACCGGCCCACACGCAUGCUAAGGCCCACAUGUCUGGCACAUGUAUGACUUGACUGCAUAUCAGAAUAUUAUACACAAAUGUAGGCUGCACAUUUAGACAUAUAUCUAUACAUAUUGAAGAAAAUGAGCACACAAGACUGUAUACAGUUA